GACAAUGGCUUUACCGCGGUGGAUUGGCGUCUGUCUAAUAAUCAAACUAGGAUAUUGUUAUGUAAACUUAAGCAGGAAACAGGGUACAACGGUUUCUCAAAGUUCCAUUUAUUUUGGAAAUCAUCGAGCGACUUUUGCAAAUGACGGGAAUAGAACCCAGACAGAUUUCAGAAUAUGCUCACAUACAGCUCUGGGACAGACCAUAGCGUGGUAUCAAGUAGACCUUGGAGACGAAUAUAGUUUGAAAUCUGUGAUAAUAUACUACAGAAAUCAGGAUAUCUGGCCUCCAUACCGAUUUCGCCAGUUCUACUUAGAUGUAUCAAACGGAUCGGCGAACUCCACUACAGCAUUAACGUCACAGAGAGAACGCUGUUACAAGGACAACACAACCGCACCGGCCACGCCCCCAGCUGUGAUUGACAUUUCUUGUAAGGCAACAGCGAGAUACAUCGUGGUGGAGACCACAUACGACGCCCCCGAAGAUGAUAGUCUUACAGAGACUGGACCUGUGCUGGAGAUUUGUGAAAUAGAAGUGUAUGGUAAUGUGAUCAAAUGUCAAAAUGACAUUCUAUAGUCAUGUGUAACUUAUAUUACUAUUGUGCCAAAAAUAAAUCUUCCUGUCAUAUUGCAAAUUUUGGGUUUGCACCCACCCAGUAAAUUCAUAAUUUACAAUAUGACAUUCCGAUUUUCAUUUUGAA